AAAAUCUUACAACUAAUUAAGUUUCAACCCCCACACCAUUUCACGACACACACACAACAUGGAAGAAAACACAUCCGACGAGAUCCGCGAACCACUCAUAAAACCCACCUAUCUUCCGUCAUCAUCAUCACCGGUACCACCGUUGAGCGAUGAUGACCUGGCAGAAGAAGAGAAUUCUCCGAUCAAACAAGUGGCGUUGACCGUACCUACCACCGACGACACCUCCCUACCUGUGUUAACAUUCCGAAUGUGGGUCUUGGGAACACUAUCAUGUGUUCUGUUGUCUUUCUUAAACCAGUUUUUUUGGUACCGAACCGAGCCACUUAGCAUCACAGCAAUUUCGGCUCAAAUAGCCGUGGUCCCACUUGGUCAACUCAUGGCUGCUAAAAUAACAGAUCGUGUUUUUUUUAAAGGUUCACGUUAUGAGUUUACCAUGAACCCUGGCCCGUUUAAUGUUAAGGAACAUGUUUUGAUAACCAUUUUUGCAAACUCGGGUGCGGGUACGGUCUACGCAAUUCAUGUGGUUACUGGUGUGAAAAUAUUUUAUAAACAACAUAUGACCUUUUUUGUGUCACUUAUUGUUGUUCUCACUACCCAGGUGCUGGGGUUUGGAUGGGCUGGAAUAUUCAGAAGGUAUCUGGUGGAGCCAGCUGAGAUGUGGUGGCCAUCCAAUCUCGUCCAAGUUUCUUUGUUCAGGGCUUUGCAUGAACAAGAAAAACGACCCAAAGGGGGAUUGACACGUACCCAGUUCUUCCUUAUUGCAUUUGUUUGUAGCUUUGCCUACUAUAUUUUUCCAGGCUAUCUUAUCCAAAUGUUAACCUCUCUGUCAUGGGUCUGUUGGAUUUUCCCUUCAUCAAUUAUGGCCCAACAAAUUGGGUCUGGUCUACAUGGGCUUGGUAUUGGUGCUAUUGGGCUUGAUUGGUCCAGUAUCUCUGCAUACCUGGGAAGUCCAUUAGCUAGCCCAUGGUUUGCCACAGCCAAUGUUGCUGCUGGUUUUUUCUUGGUUAUGUAUGUCAUUACUCCCCUUUCUUACUGGUUCAAUGUCUACAAUGCCAAGAACUUCCCUUUCUUUUCUGAUGGCCUUUUCACUGCCUCCGGCGAAGAUUACAAUAUUACAAAAAUUAUCGACUCGAAUUUUCACUUUGAUAAUGCUGCUUACGAAGAGGAAGGGCCUCUCUAUCUUAGCACGUUUUUUGCAAUGACUUAUGGCGUUGGCUUUGCUGCUCUUUCGUCUAUGGUUGUUCAUGUUUUUCUUUUCCAUGGAAGUGAGAUAUGGGAGCAAAGCAAAUCGAGUUUCAAAGAGAGGAAAAUGGACAUACACACUAAACUGAUGAGCAGGUACAAGCAAGUACCAGAAUGGUGGUUUUGGUGUAUACUUGUCGUAAACAUUUCUCUUACCAUAUUUGCUUGCGAGUAUUACAACCAGCAACUCCAAUUGCCAUGGUGGGGAGUCCUUUUAGCUUGUGCCAUUGCCAUUUUUUUCACUCUGCCCAUUGGUAUUCUUACCGCCAUUACUAACCAGGCCCCAGGACUGAACAUCAUCACAGAAUAUAUAAUUGGGUACAUAUACCCAGGAUAUCCGGUUGCUAAUAUGUGCUUCAAGGUGUAUGGUUACAUUAGUAUGACACAAGCAGUAACUUUCCUUCAAGAUUUCAAACUUGGCCAUUACAUGAAGAUCCCACCUAGAGCUAUGUUCAUGGCACAAAUUGUGGGAACCCUGAUAGCCGCAUUAGUAUACUUGUGCACUGCAUGGUGGUUGAUGGAGACAAUUCCAAACAUUUGUGACUCGUCAUCCGAUGUCUGGACAUGCCCAGGUGAUCACGUCUUUUAUGAUGCAUCUGUCAUAUGGGGUUUGAUUGGGCCACGGAAGAUCUUUGGAGACCAAGGAACUUACACCAUGGUCAACUGGGCUUUUCUACUGGGUGCAAUAGCUCCGGUACUGGUUUGGUUAGCCCACAGGGCUUUCCCAAGCCAACACUGGAUCACAUUGAUAAACAUGCCCGUUUUGAUAGGGGCCACGGGUAGCAUGCCACCGGCAACAGCGGUGAACUACACAGCUUGGAUAACUGUUGGGUUUAUAUCAGGGUUUGUUGUGUUCCGCUAUAGGCCAGAUUUAUGGCAACGACAUAACUAUGUGCUAUCGGGGGCUUUGGAUGCAGGGUUGGCGUUUAUGGGGGUGUUGUUGUACCUUUGUUUGGGGUUGGAGGAAAUUAGUUUGGAUUGGUUUGGGAAUGAUCUUGAUGGGUGUCCUUAUGCUUCUUGUCCUACAGCUCCUGGUGUGUUCAAAGAGGGAUGUCCUGCUUUGGCAUUUUAGCCCAGUCUCGGUCUAUGACAUCACAUGAUUUAUUUAUUAUGUUUGCAUCUAUCAAAUCAAAUGUAAACAUAUUUGUGAAUUAAUUUGCUCUUUAAACUGCUUCCAUUCCUUAAUAUUAUGAGAAAAUUUGAUA